AUGGAACGGUCCUUAACGGCAGCCGUUAACGGCUCCUCUGCGGCCCGGGGAGGACCAGCGGCGAGAUGAAGACAACUGACCUGGACCCUCCACGCCCACGCCCCGAAGCCAGAACGUACUACAACUCCCGGCAAGCCCCGCGGGCGCGGGCCUCUUCCCUUCAGAGCAAGGCCGUAUGCCGUGAUUCCGCGAAAAACGACAAUACCCAGAAUACAGCGCAAGCCACCCUGGCCCAAUAGGAGCGCCCCAUGUAACGGGGCUCGGAGCCCGGCGCUGGCAGCUCAAGAUGGCGGACGACAGUGAGACAGCAGUGAAGCCGCCGGCACCUCCGCGGCCGCACAUGAUGGAAGGCAACGGGAACAGCCAUGAGCACUGCAGCGAUUGCGAGAACGAGGAGGACAACAGCUACAUCCGGGGUGGUUUGAGUCCAGCCAAUGACACUGGAGGCAAAAAGAAGAAAAAGAAACAAAAAAAGAAGAAAGAAAAAGGCGGUGAGACAGACCCAGCCCAGGAUCAGCCUGUGAAGAUGAACUCUUUGCCAGCAGAGAGGAUCCAGGAAAUACAGAAGGCCAUUGAGCUGUUUUCCGUGGGCCAGGGACCUGCCAAAACCAUGGAGGAGGCCAGCAAACGAAGCUACCAGUUCUGGGAUACGCAGCCCGUCCCCAAACUGGGUGAAGUGGUGAACACUCACGGCCCCGUGGAGCCUGACAAGGACAAUAUCCGCCAGGAGCCUUACACCCUGCCUCAGGGCUUCACCUGGGACGCCUUGGACCUGGGUGACCGGGGCGUGCUGAAAGAACUGUACACCCUGCUGAACGAAAACUAUGUGGAAGACGAUGACAACAUGUUCCGAUUUGAUUACUCCCCGGAGUUUCUCCUUUGGGCUCUGCGGCCGCCUGGCUGGCUUCCCCAGUGGCACUGCGGGGUUCGAGUGGUCUCAAGUCGAAAACUGGUUGGCUUCAUUAGUGCCAUCCCAGCAAGCAUCCACAUCUAUGACAUAGAGAAGAAGAUGGUGGAGAUCAACUUCCUAUGUGUCCACAAGAAGCUUCGCUCCAAGAGAGUGGCGCCAGUCCUGAUCCGAGAGAUAACGCGGCGGGUGCACCUGGAGGGCGUCUUCCAAGCUGUGUACACUGCCGGGGUGGUGUUGCCAAAGCCCGUGGGCACCUGCAGGUACUGGCAUCGGUCGCUCAACCCCCGGAAGCUGAUUGAGGUGAAGUUCUCCCACCUGAGCAGGAACAUGACCAUGCAGCGCACCAUGAAGCUCUACCGACUGCCGGAGUCUCCCAAGACAGCCGGGCUGCGACCAAUGGAGAAGAAGGACACUCCGGUAGUGCACCAGCUGCUCACCAGGUACCUGGAGCAGUUCCACCUCACGCCAGUCAUGAGCCAGGAAGAGGUGGAGCACUGGUUCUACCCCCAGGAGAACAUCAUCGACACCUUCGUGGUGGAGAAUGCAAACGGCGAGGUGACGGACUUCCUGAGCUUUUAUACACUGCCCUCCACCAUCAUGAACCACCCGACCCACAAGAGUCUGAAAGCUGCUUAUUCUUUCUACAACGUCCACACCCAGACCCCUCUUCUAGACCUCAUGAGUGAUGCCCUUGUUCUUGCCAAAAUGAAAGGGUUUGACGUGUUCAAUGCACUGGAUCUCAUGGAGAACAAGACCUUCCUGGAGAAGCUCAAGUUCGGCAUAGGGGACGGCAACUUGCAGUAUUACCUGUACAACUGGAAGUGCCCCAGCAUGGGUGCCGAGAAGGUGGGGCUUGUGUUACAGUAACCAGUUGUGUGUGAGAUUCUGGAUAAAGCCACUGAGGAUUCCAGCCGGCAAUGGAAGCCAGCCCCUGUCGGUCCAGUGUCACAGGCCUGAGCAUCCCUGGAAGGGAGCAGAGCCGAACCGACUUUACACACCGCCAGCGGGCUCAGUGACUGCUGCUGUGGCGCGGGCUGCCCAACGUCACUCCGGCCGUUCUGGUCUCCCUGUUUUCCAGUUAGUCACAUCCUCAUGCAGCCCUGAUCAAGGGAAUGUAACUGCUGAAACUAGCUCGUGAUUGGCGUAUUAUGGAGUUAACGGGUGAAUAAUAAAAGUAUAUAUAUUAUAUAUAUAAAUAUUUUAAAUAUCUUUCAUGUUCCACAUGUGCGAGGAUGUUUGGGCUCUAAUGAAAGGCUGACUCCCAUCGUCCUCAAGUUCAGAAGCCAAGGACAGAAGCAGAUGUCGUCACCCCUGCUCAGUGCCCGGGCGCAGGAGAUGAUCUGGGCCUGGGCUCCCCGCACAUUGGCUCUAGGCCGAGGGAAGCUGGAGGGGCCUGCGUCUCAGAGGCUCCAGGCGGGUGAUGCUGGGCAUGGAUGGUGGGAACGGGGCCCGCUGAGCACCUUCCAUUCAUGGCCUGCCUUGCAGGACGCCACCCUGCCCAGCCAUUGAGGGGCUCCUGUCUCCCGAGAGGCUUUGCCUUUCCAGUGCCAGGGCCCUGGCAGUCCGAAGGGGACCCCUUUUCUGGGACCUCGUGGAGACCACGCCGUGCCAGCCCUGUGCAGCAUGCCUCAGAGGAGAGCCCAAGGCCACAGCUCACCCUGCUCGGUGUGGUGAGAGGCAGAUCUGGACUUGGCAGCAGGCGCGGGGUCACGCUGCCGUGGUCUGAGCUGGCUUUCACCAGUGCCAUCGUGUGGACUUGUGUGGUGGUUGUGCCGGUUUCCCGGGUCCCUGCGCCCAAGCACGUGCCUCUACCCAGGCAUCUUCAGCUGCCCACGUCCAGCUUCGACGGAGCUUGCCCUCAUGCAGCCGGGUGACAGCACGCCAUGGGACAGUGGUCUUCACUGCACUGGCUCUGCUGCUCAAAGGGGAAGGAAGCCUCUUCAGGCCAGCAGGGUGUGCAUAGCCUGCAGACCGCUGUACUUUGCUGGAGGCUAACUGUGGUCUGCAGAGCUGGAGACGUGUCUUGUGUGCUUGGACGGGAUUGUCUUGUCGCGGGAAUGCAGGCGGCUGCACCAGAGGCUUCCUGGGCCUCGAGCCCCACUGUCAUCACUCUCCGGCGGCUGACCUUUGAUUCCUCCACUCUAGACUCCAGACCAAAGAAGCUGCUUCGCUCGGCAGGAAGUGCACGGAGAGUUGGAGAGGCGGUGCUGUCAGCCCCUCGGACAUCAGGUGCUGCCUGGUGACGGAUAUCACAGGACAGAGUGCUCACAUCCUUCCUACCUUGGGCAGCAUCUCACUGUGCGGAAGCUCCUGUCAGACCUGAUCCUCUGGGCCAGGUCCCCAUUUCACAUGCUGCUGAGCUUUGGGGUACACAGUUCCUUGGACCAGGCUUUGCUUUGUUGGCUAGAGUCAUGGAAUGAGUUCCGUGUGGCCCAGGCUGCUUGGGAAGAAGCAGAACUGGCAGGGCCCAGUGCCUCCCUUUCCACAGUCAGGGCUCUGCACCCUGCACCCUGAUGCUCUGGGGGACCCCACCCAGGGCCAUAGAGGUCGGCUGGCUCUCUAUCCUGCUCAGACUCCCUGGUUCUUCACUCAACUCCUUCUGAGGUUUGGGGCCACGGAGCAGCAUUUCGGGCUCAGGCCCCCACAGGAGCCCUGUAGGACGGGUACUGCAGCAGGCUGGCACCAGCAAGGGACCACAGGCUCAGGCUGCCUGCCUUGGCGGCUGCUGUCACACCUGCUGCCCCCAGGCCCCCUGGCGGGUGCCCUGAAGGAAGCAUCCUCUCCUGCCUUGGGAUGUCUGCCUGACGACGGGUUCCACCGUGUAGGAAGAGCUGGGUGCACGGGCUGAGCUCCGGCCAGAUAGGGCCAGGCCACCCUCACCCUCCAGCACUUGCUCUCCACAAAGAUGUCGGCCUUGCCUGUGCCUCGCUUCUGCUUCUUGGCAGCCUGGGGCAGCCACCUGUGGUCUUGAAUUCUUUCCGCAGAGGACCAGCAUUUCACUAGCCAAGGGUCCAAGCCUUGGACAGGCUCCAGAGCUGCCAUCUAGGGGCCAGGGACUGUCAGGCCAAGGUGGGGGACAGGGUUGUCUGGGGCCAGAAUGGGAGGCCAAGGCUCCGUUCCGGGCGGCUCCCAGGGAGGUGGGCAGGGACGGCCCCAUUCGGUAGCUCUAGGAAUCGCCGGGAGUCCUUUUCUUUGUGCUGGGAUGUGUCCAUUUCUAGGCUCGGGGAGGAAAUAUCAAGUGAGUUGUUCCACUCAGUACAUCACACUGUUUUUAAUAAAGGAAGCCGCUGGACAA